UCCGCUCCAAACACACAGGGACGGACGGAGCCGGCAGCCCGGAGCCGCAGCCGCCGGAGCCCCCUCCCUCUCGGCUCGCUGCAGCCGCGCCGCGCACGCCCCUUCCCGCGGCGGCCUCCGCGGCCGCAGCGCCUCGUGGCGGCCGGGCCCGGGCGGAGCUCGCGCGUCGGCGGCCGCUGCGGCCCCGCGCGGCGCGCGCCCCUCCGCCGCCCGAGCCUUUUGUCUCGCCCCCCCUGCAAUCCCCUCGCGCUGUGCAGGGAGCGCAGCGCGCGCCGCCGCCGUCGGCCCGGACAGGGGCGGGGAGGAGGAGGCGGCGCGCGCCGCCGGGCGGCCUGAGAGCGCGCGCCCCCUGCGGGCGCCAGCGGGGCAGCGCAGCCCCAUGGAGCGGGUGAGCGAGGCCGCCGCCUGCGGCCCCUCAUCGGGCUGCUACACGUACCAGGUGAGCCGGCACAGCGCCGACAUGCUGCACAGCCUCAACCAGCAGCGCAAGAACGGCGGCCGCUUCUGCGACGUGCUCCUGCGCGUGGGCGACGAGAGCUUCCCGGCGCACCGGGCGGUGCUGGCCGCUUGCAGCGAGUACUUCGAGUCGGUGUUCAGCGCGCAGCUGGGCGACGGGGCAGGUGGCGGCGGUGGCGGCGCGGAGGGGGGCGCGACGGAGGCGGCGGCGGCCGGCGGGGCUGCGGCGGCGGCCGGCGGGGCCCCCGGGGGCGGGCGGGAGCUGGAGAUGCACACCAUCAGCUCCAAGGUGUUCGGAGACAUCCUGGACUUCGCCUACACGUCACGCAUCGUGGUGCGGCUGGAGAGCUUCCCGGAGCUCAUGACGGCCGCCAAGUUCCUGCUGAUGCGCUCCGUGAUUGACAUCUGUCAGGAGGUCAUCAAACAGUCCAACGUGCAGAUCCUGGUGCCCCCUGCGCGUCCCGACAUUAUGCUUUUCCGUCCAGGGGCUGCGGACCUCGGCUUCCCUCUUGACAUGACCAACGGUGCCACUUUGGCACCCAAUGGCAACGGCAUUGCUGGUAUGCCUGAAGAUGAGGCCACGCGGGCUGCGCUCACUGCUGCGCAGUCCUCCCUACCUGUCCUGCAGGGUGUGGACCGCCUGCCCAUGGUGGCAGGACCUCUGUCCCCACCACUGCUGGCCUCGCCCUUCCAGAACGUUGCUGCUAGUGCCCCCACUUUAAGCACCAAGAGGGGCAGAGGGCGACCCCGUAAAGCCAAUCUCUUGGACUCUAUGAUGUUCGGUACCCCAGGGGGGCUGCGAGAGGCUGGUAUCCUGCCUUGUGGCCUCUGUGGGAAAGUAUUUACAGAUGCUAAUCGUCUUCGUCAGCAUGAGGCUCAACAUGGGGUGACAAGCUUACAGCUGGGCUACAUAGACAUCCCACCCCCAAGACUGGGUGAAAAUGGUGUCCCUGGUCAGGAUGACCCCGAUGCACCCCGAAAAAGAAGCAGGACGAGGAAACAGGUGGCCUGUGAGAUCUGUGGCAAGAUUUUUCGGGACGUGUACCACCUGAAUCGACACAAGCUGUCACACUCUGGCGAGAAGCCUUACUCUUGUCCAGUGUGUGGCUUACGGUUCAAGCGAAAAGACAGGAUGUCCUAUCAUGUUCGAUCCCAUGAUGGCUCUGUGGGAAAGCCCUACAUCUGCCAGAGCUGUGGAAAAGGCUUUUCCAGGCCAGACCACUUGAAUGGACACAUCAAACAGGUGCAUACCUCAGAGAGACCUCACAAGUGUCAGCAGGAAAAUGGCAGCCACCAUGGAAUAAGCUCAGAGACAUCCACAUCCAUAGAAAAGUUGAAACUUCAAGAGACUUGUAAUGCUUCCUUUGCCACUCGUGACCGGCUGCGCUCACACCUAGCAUGUCAUGAAGACAAAGUUCCAUGCCAGGUGUGUGGGAAGUACUUGCGAGCAGCAUAUAUGGCAGAUCAUUUGAAGAAACAUAGUGAAGGACCAAGCAAUUUCUGCACUAUCUGUAACCGAGGUUUCUCCUCUGCCUCCUACUUAAAGGUCCAUGUUAAAACCCACCACGGUGUUCCCCUUCCCCAGGUCUCCAGGCACCAGGAGUCCAUCCCGAAUGGGGGAGCAGCGUUCCACUGCGUCAGGACCUAUGGCAUCAAAGAAGGCCAGAAAUGUUCACAUUCGGACCCGAUUGAGAGUUCUGAUUCAUACGGAGACCUCUCUGACACCAGUGACCUCAAGACUCCUGAGAAACAGAGCACCAAUGGGUCCUUCUCGUGUGACAUGGCAGUCAGCAAAAACAAAAUGGAGACGGAAGGAGAGAAGAAGUACCCUUGCCCUGAAUGUGGCAGCUUUUUCAGAUCAAAGUCUUAUCUGAACAAACACAUACAGAAAGUUCACGUCAGGGCCCUUGGUGGCCCAUUGGGGGACCUCGGUCCUGCUCUAGGAUCCCCCUUUUCACCCCAACAGAACAUGUCUCUCUUGGAGUCAUUUGGGUUUCAGAUCGUCCAGUCAGCAUUUGCAUCAUCCCUAGUGGAUCCAGAGGUCGACCAGCAACCAAUGGGGCCAGAGGGGAAAUGAGAUCAGUUUGAUCUUAAGAAAGCAAAGCAGCAGUCUGGCUAUAAUGAUGAGAUGCUGUGAAUGAAAGAGGAAAUAAUGAAAUUUGGUUCUAUAGCUGAGAAUUUUUUUAUUCAUUUUAGCUUCCCUCUUUGUCUCAUGCCCUACCCCACCUUUAAACCUUCACUGGGGAGAGGAAGAAAAUGCUUCUUAGCUGAUAAAUUACAGAAGAUGGUGACCUUGAAUAGGAGGCAUGACCUAAAACAUCGAAUGGAGCUUUAGAGGCUGCUCCUGGUGUUUCAUCAUGAUCUUCUAGAAUAAAUAAAAGUUGCCAGCACUGAUCUGAGAAUUAGACAGUCAGAGUGACCGAGGCACCUGGGGAGCUACAGCUACAGGGAGCUAUGCUUUUGUUCUCUCUCUAUUCCCCACCUUCCCUAACAUACCCCAAAAACCAAUAAGUUUUAAAAACAGACCCAUUAUCGACCCAUUAUUGAAUAUAACUUUAAGUAAAAUGCCCCGUGGUACCUAGCAGGUUACAAUGCAGUUGUCCUUUUAAAAACAGAAAAAUUUAAAGAAGGUGAGAGAAUUUGAACCCCUUCUGCCAUUUGUGAGGCUGUGAGUGCUGCAGCAGGACUGAACUGCUGAGAAAAAUCACCAUUCAGAACAGGUUGGUUUUGUUACUUUUAACCAUUAAACUUGCUGUCAGGUUUUUAAUUCUCUAUUAUUAUUAUUUUAGGACCUGUUGUAAUGAAUUGCUACUGAAAAGCCAGUCUAAGGCGACACAGAGCACUCUUAAAGCAGCAGUCACAUUAGGGUUAGUAUUAAUUUUUUUUUAGAUGUACCAUAAUUAAUAACUUGGCUAGUUGAUUGUUUUAAGUCUAUGAAAGAAAUAGUUUUAUGAAAAAAAAAAAAGAAAAAAAAAAGAAAAGAAAGGGGAAAAUACCAUUGCAGUCUGGUUGACUGGUGCUCAUUUUUCAUGGGGGGACCUAGGGUAUAAACACGAUCAGUUAUCGGGUUAACACUAUGUACCACUGACUUGUUUAGUGUGAAUAAACCCAGGGGUUCACAGAGUGAUUUUGGUUUAAUUGGAUUGGACUGUAUUAAAGAAGUUAGUACGUUACUUUGCAUCCCCUCGUUUUGUCUGGUUUUUAAGCAAUUUAGCCACCUGUCCUAAAGGUGUGCAAAUGAGAACCAGUAAAUAAGACACUAAUCCCUCUCUAUGCUGUACUGUAUUCUUAGUGACCUGGGCUUUUUGGCUACAGUCAUGCUCUCCUGAUCUGCCUCAAGUCAGGUUUGCAAAAGCCAGUCUUACUCCUUUCUUUUUCUGGAGAAGGGUUUCUACUAUAAGAGAUGGGAAUUGCAAACAGCAUAUCUCUGAAAAAGAAUUGAUUACAAAAUGCAAAGAAGCUGGACUCUAGGCUGUUGCAGGUUCCAUUUAAUCUGAAAAUACCACUUGUGCAGAAAUAAUGUCCUUUCUUGGCCCUCCGUUUCCUCCCAUGUACUAAAUCCAGAUAUAAAUGUUGUUUAACACAGGGUUAGGAGUUAGGAAUGCUCUGAGUUAUAAUUAUGGUUCUGCUGUUGAUGCUCAAGGUCACAUAGGACAGCUCACUGAAUUUAUUCCUUAAUUUCCCAUCUGUGAAGAGUUUUCUCUAAAUCACAGUUGUUGUGAGGGUUAAUGAGAAAAGGUUUAAGCAGUAAUUUGGUAAACUAAGUUGCUAUGUGUACUCAAUGUUUCUAGAAAGGCCACUCUGAAGAGCCUAAGUCCCACACUGAACUUGCAUUCUGUGAAAUAAUAGCUGUCUCCAUCAUUAAUACCGUGUUGGAGCAGGAUAGGCCACCUCAGACCAGGAGGUAUGUCUGUAUUAAAUGUGAACAUAGCCACAAACUGCUGUUGUGCCACACCUUGCUUUGCCCAGGUGCUCGUAAUCCAAACCCUGCAGCAAAUGCAUAACUGAAAUAAGAGACAUUCCUGUUUUGUUUCUAUGUUAGAAUUAUAGAGCCUUUUGUAAGUAUAUGGAUUUUGGAAUGAUGUUCUAAAUUCUACAGACUUAGAAGCCCCAGCUUCUCUCUUGUAAGAAGCUACUUUUUGUACUUGCUCUCGAAUAUUAUAAACCAAGGAUGAAUAAUCAAUGGCUUUCUCUUUAUAGCACCAGCACUUUCUAAAUUGAGACCAUGUUGCAGUGGACUUGAUGUUUUGCUAUUAAUCUGUGUUGGGAGACUGAAGGACAUAUUCUUCUCCUUUCAUCUUCCCCCAGAAUCCCUGGAAUAGGUAUGAGUCUCAUUUAAAAGGGAAAAACAAAAACAACAAAAAACCAACCCACGUUCAAACUAAAGCUUCAUAGAAUUGCUAUUGCUGUACUGGUAAGCUUAGUUGACAAGUAGAAACAGGACAUUUCGGAAAGGUAACAAAACAUUUUAAAAUACCUUACAAAUCUAGACCAUGAUGAGACAACCUUGUAAGCUGCCAAGCAAGUCAAGAUACAGCAGGCUUUCCAGUCAGCAUAACAAUUCAUUGGGAUCAGCAAAUACAACUGCAGUCAUUCUGAUUUACUAAUAGCCUCCUGAUUUACAGGAAAAUGUGUAUUUAAUUGAGGCUGUAUUCUGAAAGAUGUAAGAAGAUUGUGUCCCCGAUGUUCCUAUAUGCAUUCAAAGAGGGUACACUAGUCUCAAAAUUCAACUCCAAAAGCCAAGUCCAGAAUAUAGGAUAUUUUCAUCCUACAUUUAGCUCCACUGACUUUAGUGUUCCUAGUGGGUUGAAUUUUGGCCAUGUGUAUCAGAAUUUAAUUCUGAACACUAUGGAAUUUGACCUGAUGAAAUAAAUGAAAAGCCUUGAACUAAAAAGGAAGCCUUCUAAAACACUAACUGUGCAUUUUGCUUGUCAAACAAAAUGCUUACUAAGUUGUCAUGAAUACGUUGAAUGAACGCUACUUAGUUCUCAGUCUAGUGGACAGGGAAAAACAUUAGGCAGGAAGUUAACAAUCCCAAAAUUGCAGUUCCAGAUCAUCCUGGUGUAAAUGGGAGAGAUUUGCACCAACACAAGAGACUGGUGCAGACUAGUGCCAGCCAUAGGUUGGGCAGAUAUUUAGUAGUGGUGUGUUUUCACAGCUUUUUGCUUCUUUGGGGCCAUAUUGUUCUGUUAUGGAUAGUAGAUUAAUCUACAUGCAAAUUCUUUAUAUUCUGUACUUUGGGAAAUGUCUGCUUCUCACAGAACAGAAGACGGAUCCAAACUCAGCCUUGUAAGUUCAGAGUUCAAAGGGGAAUACUUAAUGUGCCCUGAGCUGCAACCUCACUUAACUUGUUUCUAUUACAUUUUUUUACUGGCAUAUCAGUGUAUAGAUGAUCAUUCUCAUUUUGGGCCAGCCCUUCUUUCCUUGUCAUCUUCUUUGGUGGGACUGCAAGCCAACGUUUGAGUCAGUGCACUUCUCUGCCAAGAAGGAAACUUCAGUUCAUACAAAUUUUGAUAAUCAGAGAUGUAGUAUAUCUUUGUAUUAUAGGAGUCCUUAAACCUCUCAGCUGAGGCUCAGACCCUUGUGUAUUAGGUAUGAUGAAAACAUCUUCAAGCAUUUAUAAUCUAAACAUUAAAGGUAGACAAGAAAGGAAUUGAUGCUUAUACGUGAAUGAGUGAAAUAAAGAUGAAGGACUAAAAACCGCUUGCAUGCAUGCUUAAGUGUUGUGUUGAAUGUAAGGGCACAGACUUCUCAGGCUUCUUUUGUUGCCUGAAAUAAUUUAUCUUCAUGUACUGUUAAUCCACAGCGAAUGCAAGGUAAAGCAAUUUAAUGUGAAUUUAUUCCAUACUGAGUUAAUUGACAUUACCUUGCAUUUGUCAUGUGCUAGAUGUGUGCAAGCAGACUUACUAGUGUGGCUCACCUGAUGCAUGGUAAUGUGGUGCGUGUGAGCUCUCAAUCUUAAGUGAUUUGCCCAUGAUGACAUGGGAAAUUGAUAGCAGAACCAGAAAUUGAACACAGAUUUUUCCUUCUCUCAAUCCAGUGCCUUAACUAUAGUAGGGCAAAGUAUUAUAUGUUGGGGGGGGUGAUUGUUUUGUUUGGUUUUUAAAGCCUAGAACUAUAAGAUGGUGUGGAGUUGGUCUUCCUACCAACCUUUUGAAUGAUUGCAAAUGCUCAGUCACAAUUUUAGACCUGUUUGAGUGCCAGUGACUUAGGGAAUAUUUGUUAUUUCCCAUGUAUUCCCUGAAAUUAUUGUUCCUCCCUCAACUGCUGUCAGCAGUAAGGAAUGACUUGAAUAGAAGAGCUGUGUAACUGAAUGUCUAUCUAACUCAACUAAUUGAAUUGAUAGUAUGAAAGCUAACCUAGAUUUUGUAGGCUCUGUUGUAACUUUAGUGUCUUGUUUUUUCACUAAAUCUUUGUUCCUAGAAAUCAGUAUCUGAACUGAUGUCUUGAGUCUGGAGUGGGGUACCACUUUCAGCUUUAAUUUUUUUUUUAAGGUGCUUGCUUGAGGAAGUAGAUGCCAAAGUAAACUUCAAAGGAACUCCAGACUUCAGUGUUGGAAGAAUGAAUGGAGAGCAAGAGCUCUCUUUGGGUUUCAUGAGAGAUAAAUGGACAAAGUAAAAAACAGCUACCAAAAUUUUAAGUAAUGAAACAGGAAAGGCUUUUCUUUAUCACACACAAAAAUAAUUCAGUUGUUCGGCAUGGCAGAAACUCUGAGAGCAAGUGCCAAACAAAACCAUGGGAUGUGUUGGCUUUUUCAGCAUUAUGAAUACACCUAACAGCAUUAUUUUAAUGUAAAUUAAGCCAGCUUUCUACCAUUCACCUUUUGCCUGGGCAGAGUACUUUCAAUUGAAUAGAACAUAAGCUCACAGUGAAUCUCUGAGCUUAUGCUUUCGGUUCCACCCUGAGCGACAAAACAAAUGAGCAAAGAGGGAAAAAAUACAAUAGGAAAACUUCAAAGGAAACACAGAUUCUGGAAGAUUCCUGUGUCUCCUGAGAGAGUCCCUUUUUUUAUCCUGAACAUCAUCUUCAAAACAAGAUCCUUCAGCUGUUGUGAAUGAGCCUUUGGGAACAGAUUUGGCUUUCAGCCCAGUCUGCUGCUCGGUAUCCCUGUGAGAAGGCAGUGUGUUGUGGAGCACUGCGCCUGAGACCCGGAGGGAGGCGGUGCUCCUGAGCUGCAGCCUGAGGCCACGUUUACUGUUGCAGAGUCAGCAGCAGCAACAUUGGCAUAAUGUCUUCCUGCCUGCUCCCUUGACAUCUUCACCCCCUGCACAUUUCCAUGCCAGUGUGUGUACCUACUCAGGUGUGUACAGCUCUGUAAAUAACUUUGUUAGCGAUAAAACAAACCAGAGAACUGUGUGGCUAAAAAGGAAAAAAAAACCCAACCCAAACUUAAAAAUAGUUAUGUGACAUAACUGCAAAGUGGUGCAGAACAGGAGCAGGAACUGUGGCUGUAAGGGGUUGUGGUGAUGGCUGGAAUGGUUAAAGCAUGUUGGAGAAAAACCACAGUUGUUUGUUCUGUGGGAGCAGAUAAUGACUGGCUGUUUGUAAAGAAUUAACACCUUGUGUCAUCUCUAGCCUCUUCCUGUGUUUUGUUCCCAUCUAUAAAAUAAGAUGGUAACCCUUGGGUAAGAAUGUUUCAGGAUUUGAUUGACGUGCCAAAUUGUGCUGCGUGAUUGUGCUGCUGAACUCUGCUACAAACGUUUCGCCUCACUGACUUCAAGCCUAAUGCAAAGAUAAAUAUUUGGCUACGUUUUUCCUGAAAGGUAAAAUAUUUAAAUUAAUUUUAAGACUGCCUGGCGCUAUUGAUCUGCUCUCAGGGUUUAUGUGAAUGAAGCUUUUUCCUGGGUGACCUCUCUACUUGUACUGCAAUUUUGGAGAACUGGAAGUGCUCUGGGCUGAGAUGUGCUGAAGGAAGGAGGUGACUGGUGUCUCACUGAUGUUCCAGUGACUCCCUCACAGCUCCUAGGUUCCAUGUGGACCAUGGGGUCACUUCAUACAGCCACUGGCAGCCAUAAAUGCUCUUGAGCUUCCUGCAGUCACAUAGUGAGCUUGGGUAAGUGCUUUUAUAGUAAAUCAGUCUCAUGCUUGCUAAUAGCUUUUUGGCUGCUGUGUCUACAAACUGGUGCCUUCUCCAGGCGAUUUUUACAUGCCCUCUGCAAAGUUGUCAGACUGACUGCUGGCUCUUAAAUAAUUGAUAAAGCCUUGCUCUUGGGCUCAGCAUUUUUCAGUACUGUUGUAAUCUGAAAGUUUGCUGCAAUUAGUGCAAAUACACAAUGUAAGAGAGAAAGUAAAAGGCUGUUUUCAGAUGUCCUGUAGAGUGAACAACUGAAACAUGAGUGUGGGAUGAGCCAGGAAAACUGGCAUUUUUCCCUGGCUGCACGCUGUAUGGAAGAGACAGUGCCUUGGAAGGGAAGGAGCAGAAAAGUUUGCCAUUGGCUCUGAUGAAUCCCAAUCCUGCUUCUACUGAAGUUGUUGGGAAUCCUCCCAUUGUCUUCAGUGUGAGCAAGAAAGGAUCUUAGGUGAGGAUGGAUGACUCUUUCCCUACUUGAAUGAAGUCUCUUGCCUAUUUAUGGGCCUGCUUCUAUUGAAACCGAGCCUGUUUUAGCCUUUUUGGGUUCUUAGGGACCUGUUUGUAUAAAGCAACUUACCUACCUAUCUUUUUUUUUUUCUAUUGUGUGUAUUUUUUGUAUGUUCUGUUGGAAGGUGAAGCCUCUG